AUGAAGGUGAGGUGCAUCUUGCUGUUGGCCGUUUUCCUUGUAGCUCGGCCAACGGCAGAUUGCACCAAAGGGUCGGUGCCGGCGAUCAUGUUUUUCGGCGACUCGUUGGUCGAUGUCGGUAACAACGACUAUAUACACACAAUUGUCAAGGCCAACCUCCCUCCCUACGGCAGGGACUUCGAGGGCAGUGUCGCCACGGGGAGGUUUUGCAACGGCAUGCUACUUAGCGACAUGAUUGGUGAAAAGCUGGGUCUUAGUAGCUCUCCUCCAGCAUAUCUCAGCCCGCAAGCGGUGGGAACGAACCUUUUGAAUGGAGCGAACUUCGCAUCAGCUGGAUCCGGUUACUACGAUCCUACGUCACUUAUGUAUGGUCUCAUUCCGUUGAGCCAGCAAUUGAAGAACUUCAAAGAGUACAUAUCAAAGCUGGUUGCGGUUGCUGGGAGCAGCCAGGCUCAGUCCAUCAUCUCCGAUUCACUCUACAUCUUGAGCUCUGGAUCAAAUGACUUCGCUUUCAACUACUACAUCAACCCAUUGCUCUACAAGACGCUCACGACCGACGAUUUCGCCGACCUCUUAGUUGGCAUUUCCAUCAGAACUGUGACGCAACUUUACGGUAUGGGAGCCCGGCGCAUCGGUGUUUUCUCGGUCCCACCGUUUGGCUGUUUUCCAUUGGCGAUCACGGUCUUUGGCUUCGGGAGCAGCAAGUGCGUGCCGGGGCUCAACGACGAUGCCCUAAGGUUGAACAAGAAGUUGAACACGGCCAUAGACUUACUAUCGAAGCAACUCCAUGAUCUCAAGAUUGAGUUUCUCGACAUCUACACACCGGUAUACAUCCUUAGUACCUCCCCUGGUUCACAAGGGUUCACGGAGACAAGACGGGCCUGCUGUGGGACGGGGACGGUGGAGUCCACAAUUCUUCUUUGCAACCCCAAAUCUAUCGGCACCUGUCCGAACGCGACGACAUACGUCUACUGGGACGUUCUCCACCCGUCUGAGGCGGCGAACAAAGUGAUCGUGGAUUCAUUCGCUCAAAGCAUAAACAAGCUGGUCAUAUAA